AUGGGGAAUGGAGUGUGUUCUCGGAGGCAGCGGAGAAUCUUCCAGUCUCUCCUUCUCAUCACUGUGGUUUUCGGGAUGAUUUAUGGGGGGAUGAUAUCGUAUGAGAUGCACAAUCAGUUGAAGAGGACUGAGGCGAUGGCUGUCAAGUACCAGCAGCAUCAAGAGUCGCUGUCGGCGCAACUUCAAGGUAAAUAUUUGCCGGAGCAGAGGUUUGAAGAAAUAAGGAAAGGAAGGCGAGAGGGAGGAGUUCGAAUGGGUGACUUGUAUUUUGUACUUGUAUGACUUUCUUUGCGUUCUUCUUUACCGAUAUCUGAUUUUACUAAAACAUACAAUUGUAUCAGUUGCGAGUGUCGAAAUUGGGACUAUCACCGCGGUGGCUUAUUUUGCGUUGGCUGGCUCAGUUUACUGUAUUGACUGGGUGGGUUGGACUUGAGUUUAGCACAUAUCAUCCUCCACUUAGCCUUUAACCUAGCAUAAUACCGGCGCCUAAGAGGUUAUUUUGAGUUUGGUCGAGUCCCACGGAAUGUCGAUUCUUGAUAACUGUAAGUCGCUCUGGAUAAGAGCGUCUGCUAAAUGACUAAAAUGUCAAAUGUAAAUGUAAUAAAUUAUUUAUGGCUGCAAAGUAGGACAUAACCUGGUAGCCUCAGUGUCCCGAGGCCUGCUCUGCACCUUAGGAAACCUCACUUGUCACCUCAACGUCAGACAGGUCACUAGGCUGGUAUUCUAAACUCUUAGGUCACUCCCUCUACCGCUGGUGUCUCUAAGUAGGCCCUGGCCUUUUGAUGACUGAACCACCAAUUUUAUGUUUGGUUGUACAAUUGUGCUUUCUAGGUUAGUUCAACGCGGACACUGUUCAAUUUCCACAUACUUUGUUAUAUCACCUAGUUUAGGCUACACACACAUGGUGGUUGUUCCAUGUUUUAAAUGUACUGUAUGCCCAGAUGGACUGUGAAGUAACAAUACAUGGACCGUUUCAAAUGGAUUGGAUAGCGCUUCACUAAAAUGAUGUCAUAGGUAACUCACUUCAGCCUACUCACAUUGUUGUGGAGUGGUGGUUUUGUUCCCUCACUGUCAUUCAAUAUCUACUCUCCACUGUUGAUAGCAUUAAUGUGACCUAUAUUUAGAGAUGGACUGUUACACAGCCUGUGGGGGAAUAUCGAUUCCGUUUUCCCUUUUUGACAACGGAGCAGCCGUUAACUGCCGUACAGGGCUCUGGUGGCCAUGUUCCGCUCAGUAGGCUACUGUAUUUAAAUGUUCUCUAGUAGACAUUUAGCAGACACUCUCAUGCAGAGCGAUUUACAAUAACUGCAUUGAAGUGAGGAAGCUAAGUCGCAAUCAAAGGGAUUUAUCAGUCAAAAAUACUGAACAAAAAUGUAAACGCAACAUGUAAAGUGUUGGUCCAAUGUUUCAUGAGCUGAAUAAAAGAUCCCAGAAAUGUUCCAUUGCUUAUUUCUCUAAAACAUUUUGCACACAUUUGUUUACAUCCCUGUUAGUGAGCAUUUCUCCUUUGCCAAGAUAAUCCAUCCACCUGACAGGUGUGGCGUAUCAAGAAGCUGAUUAAACAGCAUGAUCAUUACACAGGUGCACCUUGUGCUGGGGACAAUACAAGGCCAAUCUAAAUUGAACGGUUUUGAGGGAGCGCGCAAUUGGCAUGUUGACUGUAGGAAUGUCCACGAGCUGUUGCCAGAAAAUUGAAUGGUAAUUCUCUACGAUAAGCCUCCUCCAACGUCGUUUUAGAGAAUUUGUCAGUAAGUCCAACCGGCCUCGCAUCCUCAGACCAUGUCUAACCACGCCAGCCUAGGACCUCCACAUCUGGCUUCUUCACCUGCGGGAUCGUCGGAGACCAGCCACCCGGACAGCUGAUGAAACUGUGGAUUUGCACAACCGAAUAAUUUCUGCAUAAACUGUCAGAAACCGUCUCAGGGAACAGUCUCAGGGAAUAUCAUCUGCCUGCUCGUCCUCCUCACCAGGGUCUUGACCUGACUGCAGUUUGGCGUCGUAAACCGACUUAAUUGGGAAAAUGCUCACCUUCAAUGGCCACUGGCAUGCUCUUCACGGAUGAAUCCUGUUUUCAACUGUACCGGGCAGAUGGCAGACAGCUUGAAUGGCGUCAUGUGGGGGAAUGGGUUGCUGGAACCCUGGAUUGUAAACUGUCAUGGUCAAAACAUAUUGAUACAACAGUCUAGGAUGGGGAGAAGUCUGUCUAUAUAAAGCGCUGCUCUGCAUUCUUAACAGCACUAUCAACAAGGCAGGUCCUACAGGCCCUAGUUUUGUUGCACCUGGACUACUGUUCAGUCGUGUGGUCAGGUGCCACAAACGGCAGCACGGCUGGCCCUUGGAUGUACACAAAGAGAUAACAUUAAUAAUAUGCAUGUCGAUCUCUCUUGGCUCAAAGUGGAGGGGAGAUUGACUUCAUCACUACUUGAAUUUGUGAGAGGUAUUGACAUGUUGAAUGAACCGAGCUGGCUGUUUGAACUACUGGCACACGGCUCGGACACCCAUGCAUACCCCACAAGACAUGCCACCAGAGGUCUCUUCACAGUCCCCAAGUCCAGAACAGACUAUGGGAGGCGCACAGUACUAAAUAGAGCCAUGACUACAUGGAACUCUAUUUCCACAUCAGGUAACUCAUGCCAGCAGUAAAAUUAGAUUUAAAAAACAGAUACAAAUACAUCUUAUGGAACAGCGGGGACUGUGAAGCAACACAAAUAUAGACACAUGCAUACAAACACACAAUAACAGACAUACACACAUGUACACAUGGAUUUUGUGUUAUAGAUAUGUGGUAGUAGAGUAGAGGCCUGAGGGCACACACUUAAUAUGUUGUGAAAUCUGUUAUGAAUUUAUUGUAAUGUUUUUAAAAUGUAUAACUGCCUUAAUUUUGUUGGACCCCAGGAAGAGUAAUGGGGAUCCAUAAUAAAUACAAAUACCACAAGGGUUUCUCUGGGUUUGUUCGCGGUACAACAGGGGUUUCUCUGGUUGUGUUCCUGGUACCACAGUGGUUUCUCUGGUUGUGUUCCUGGUACCACAGUGGUUUCUCUGUACCCUCAGCCUCUCUACCUCUCCCCUUCUCUCUACCUCUCCCAUUCUCCCCUCCCUCAGUCUCUAAACUCCAUUCUCUCUACCUCAGCCUCUCUACCUCUCCUCCCCUCUCCCUCUUCCUCUACCUACUCUACCUCAUUUCUCUUACUCAGCCCUCCUUCCCUCUCUCUCACUCUCCCUCCCCUUCUCUCCCUCACCUCUCAUCCUCUCUCGCUCUCCCCUUCUCUAGCCUCUACCUCUCCCCUCCUUCUCUCUACCUCUCACUCCUCUCUCUACCUCUCCCCUUCGCUCUCCUCAGCCUCAUCUCAACCCUCAGACCUCUCUCCCCCUUCUCUCUACUCCUCACCUCUACCUCCUCUCUCACCCCAGUCUACCUCUCCCCUCCUCUCUACCCUCAACCUCUCCCAGACCUCUCCCCUCUCCCCUCUCUCUCCCACCUACCUCUCCCUUCUCUCUACCAACCCUCUUACCUCUUACUCCCCUCUCCUCUUCACCUCUACUCUCCCACCCUCCCUCUCUCUCCUCAAGACCUCUCUAUCUUUCUACUCUCUACCUCUCCCUCUCUCCCUCUACUCUCCCCCUACCUUUCUUCUGUCUCCCAGUGGUGUGAGUUUUUACUUCACAGUUUGUCUCUGUCCUGUCUUCCCCUCACCUAAUCUAUCAAGCCCCAACUAGCUUGACUGAGAGAGAUGCAUGGCCUAAUCUAAAAUAAAUCACUGGUACUGAGAAAUGAACACAGUGGAGCUGUAAAGCUCAGACCACUCUCUCAUGUCUUGGUCCCUGGUAAAGGCGUGGUCCCAGUCUAUGGGUAUCUCUCAAUAGUCUAACGUUUCUUCCUUUCCGCAUUUCCUUUCCUUCACCCACACUAAUCUGAGUAGUGCACAGGUGAAAGUACAGGUACAGUUGAAGUCGGAAGUUUACAUACACUUAGGUUGGAGUCAUUAAAACUCGUUUUUCAACCACUCCACAAAUGUAUUGUUAACAAACUAUAGUUUUGGCAAGUCGGUUAGGACACAAGUAAUUUUUCCAACAGUUGUUUACAGACAGAUUAUUUCACUUAUAAUUCACUGUAUCACAAUUUCAGUGGGUCAGAAGUUUACAUACACUAAGUUGACUGUGCCUUUAAACAGCUUGGAAAAUUCCAGAAAAUGAUGUCAUGGCUUUAGAAGCUUCUGAUAGGCUAAUUGACAUCAUUUGAGUCAAUUGGAGUACCUGUGGAUGUAUUUCAAGGCCUACCUUCAAACUCAGUACCUCUUUGCUUGACGUCAUGGGAAAAUCAAAAUAAAUCAGAAAAAUAAGACCUCCACAAGUCUGGUUCAUCCUUGGGAGCAAUUUUCAAACGCCUGAAGGUACCACGUUCAUCUGUACAAACAAUAGUACGAAAGUAUAAACACCAUGGGACAGAUAUCGUACUUUUUGGAGAAAUGUCCUGUGGUCUGAUGAAACAAAAAUAGAUCUGUUUGGACAUAAUGAACAUCGUUAUGUUUGGAGGAAAAAGGGGGUGGAUUGCAAGCCAAAGAACACCAUCCCAACCGUGAAGCACGGGGGUGGCAGCAUCAUGCUGUGGUGGUGCUUUGCUGCAGGAGGGACUGGUGCACUUCACAAAAUAGAUGGCAUCAUGAGGAAGGAAAGUUAUGUGGAUAUAUUGAAGCAACAUCUCAAGACAUCAGUCAGGAAGUUAAAGCUUGGUCGCAAAUGGGUCUUCCAAAUGGACAAUGACCCCAAGCAUACUUCCAAAGUUGUUGCAAAGUGACUUAAGGACAACAAAGUCAAGGUAUUGGAGUGGCCAUCACAAAGCCCUGACCUCAAUCCUAUAGAACAUUUGUGGGCAGAACUGAAAAAGCGUGUGCGAGCAAGGAGGCCUACAAACCAGACUCAGUUACACCAGCUCUGUCAGGAGGAAUGGGCCAAAAUUCACUCAAUUGGGGAAGCUUGUGGAAGGAUACCCGAAACGUUUGACCCAAGUUAAACAAUUUAAAGGCAAUGCUACCAAAUACUUAUUGAGUGUAUGUAAACUUCUGACCCACUGGGAAUGUGAUGAAAUAAAUUAAAAGCUGAAAAAUCAUUCUCUCUACUAUUAUUCUGACAUUUCACAUUCUUAAAAUAAAGUGGUGAUCCUAACUGACCUAAGACAGGGAAUUUUUACUGGGAUUAAAUGUCAGUAAUUGUGAAAAACAGAGUUUAAAUGUAUUUGGCUAAGGUGUAUGUAAACUUCCGACUUCAACUGUAGGCUUCCUUCCACCUUAUUUCUUCCACUACCCUUGUGUCCAAAUCAGUGCCGAUAAAGGUCAUGAGAUGUAGCCUACCUAGAAUAUGUUGUGGAAUAUAGCCCUAGCGUUAAAGGGAGUUAGAAGCGCUGUAUAAUAAAUGCGUACUUUAAACCUGUGAUGUUGAAUGCAUGUACAAUAGGCCUUUGUUAAGAUACCUAUUGUAAUAAAGUGACGGUAAAGGCUCUCUGGUGAGGGUAAAGGCUCUCUGGUGAGGGUAAAGGCUCUCUGGUGAGGGUAAAGGCUCUCUGGUGAGGGUGAAGGCUCUCUGGUGACGGUGAAGGCUCUCUGGUGAGGGUGAAGGCUCUCUGGUGAGGGUAAAGGCUCUCUGGUGAGGGUAAAGGCUCUCUGGUGAGGGUAAAGGCUCUCUGGUGAGGGUGAAGGCUCUCUGGUGAGGGUGAAGGCUCUCUGGUGACGGUGAAGGCUCUCUGGUGACGGUGAAGGCUCUCUGAUACUUCUGUGCUGCUCAGAUUUUCCAGGUGGUAUUACAGGGAGAACAGGUUGGGUAGGAUAUUAGCCUUGGGUUUUCAUGGUGUCACUCUGCCCCUUUAAAGUCUGGAGAAACGAGAAACACUCUCUCUCUUGUAGACAAAGACUAAUACUUUUGCUUAGAACUUUUUGGAAAUAAAGCUUCUCCUCUCAACCGUGCCAUUCUGCUUGUAAAAUUAUUACCAAUUUUACCCACUUUGGGAUUUGAGGUGAGGGUUAGGUAAAGGUGAGAGCUCAAUCUCAGUGACAUCAUACUGUGGAGUAUCACACCUGACCAUCAAUCAGCGAUGGCAAUGCCAGAAUACACACGCUGAACCAAUACAGAACACCCACACUCAUUCGGACACACACACACGUACAGUAGACACACACACACACACACACACACACACAGCAAAUGAUCUGUUUGCUUGUUCAAAGCCUAUGUUUAUACUCUAAGAUGAAUAUGUGUGUGUGUGUGUGUGUGUGUGUGUGAAGUCUAAAUGUUUGUAUCGUAGACAGCUUUCUGUUUAGCUUCCACUCCAGAUGGCCCUGUGAGAACAUCCCCUCACAGUAACUCUGUUUUCUCUCUCUCUCUCCCUCAUCCUCCCUCUCUUUCUCAGUGGUGUAUGAGCAUCGCUCGCGGCUAGAGAAGUCUCUGCAGAAGGAACGUGUGGAGCACAAGAAGGCCAAAGAGGGUGAGAGAGACAGACAGCAGCCAAUAGUGUCUAAAUGACUACAUGAAGUACAUCAAUCCUCAAUUAUACACUCUUUACAGCCGUGGUGAUUGCAUCAUGUCUUCCCUUCCUUUAACAGAUUAUCUGGUGUAUAAACUUGAAGCCCAACAGUCACUGAACAAGGAAAAGGUAGGCCUGAGUCCUUAACUCUAGUGCUAAAGACAGAAAGUUAUGCUGUUAAAUUCAGCAUUUAUGUAAAUUUGAUUGUACAUUUUGUUGAUAAUGUAAUAUGAAAGGAGUUGAGACUGGGAUUGUAAAUGUUUGUCGUUUUGUUUAUUAAACAGCAGGACUCCAGCAACAAAUUCAACUCUUUACAUGAGCAGCACCAGAUGCUGAAGGUCAGUAAGAACACACACACACGCACACACACACACACACACACACACACACACACACACACACACACACACACACACACACACACUGACCCACCCUCUGUCCUUGUUGUUUUAGAAGCAGCAUGAGGACCUGAAGAAGCAGCACUAUGACCUGCAGGAGCAGCAUCAGAUUCAGGGAGAGGACCACAGCAAGGUCUUGGACCAACACAAGGACAGCUUCGACAAACUACAGCAGACCAAAGAGAUGGAGGUCUCCAAACUCAAAGGUGCGCACAGACGCCACAGAUGCCACAGAUGCCACAGACACACAGAUGCCACAGGCGCCACAGACACACAGGCGCCACAGACACACAGGCGCCACAGACACACAGGCGCCACAGACACACAGGCGCCACAGACACACUGAUGCCACAGCCACACAGACCCACAGACACGCCGCAGACAGACACCACAGACACCACAGACACACAGACACCACAGACGCCACAGACGCCACAGACGCCACAGCCACCACAGACCCACAGACACGCCGCACACAGACGCCACAGACACACACACACACACAGACACACAGGAGGACAUGAGUGAAUACUAGCAGGCCUUUGUCUCCCUCUCCUGACUUGGAGCAGUGUUGCAGUUUGGAGUUACGACAAUGUGUGUGGCAUAAUAACGUUGUAAUAAAUAUGAUAUAUGUUGUUUAUGUGUGUUUAUGUCAUCACUGUAGAGAAUGUGUAUAAUCUGCGACAGGAGAAUAAGCAGCUGAGGAGAGCCCACCAGGACAUCCAUGUCCAGUUGCAGGAUGCACGGGUCAGUACUGGGAAUAGUAGAGCUUGGUCUGAGCACCGACCUGGAAUUGUUUAUGUAAAGGACGUAGAUAUGGAAGAAGCUCUCUUAAGGUCAUUGGAAAGCUAGGAGGAUCCAUCACCACGUUCUGUUUUAUUCUACAUGAUUAUUAUGAUUAUUACAGAUAGUACAUAAGGACUUGAAGGCUGCCCAUGAUCAGCUUGCACUGACGCUAGAGGACCACAAGAGUGCGCUGGCCGCAGCUCAGGUAGGGAGACACACUGACUGCACCGUGUGGGGGCAUGAUUGUUCUUUCUAACAUGAUAUCUAGUGGCUAUCCUGGUUUCUAUCGUAAUAUAAAGUGACUAUCCUUGUUUCUAACAUGCUAUCUAGUGACUAUCCUGGUUUUUAACAUGAUAUCUAGGGACUAUCCUGGUUUCUAUCAUGAUAUCUAGUGACUAUCCUGGUUUCUAACAUGAGAUCUAGGGACUAUCCUGGUUUCUAACAUGCUGUCUAGGGACUAUCCUGGUUUCUAACAUGAUAUCUGGGGACUAUCCUGGUUUCUAACAUGCUGUCUAGGGACUAUCCUGGUUUCUAACAUGAUAUCUAGAGACUAUCCUGGUUUCUAACAUGAUAUCUAGAGACUAUCCUGGUUUCUAACCUGAUAUCUAGCACGCAUGACUGUAAGUCGCUUUGGAUAAAAGCGUCUGCUAAAUGGCAUAUUAUUAUUAUUAUUAUUAUUAUUAUCUAGAGACUAUCCUAGUGAAGGACAGGAAGUUAUGACUCUCAGAGCGGCAGUGUCGGUCUGUGUGUGUCUGGGGGUUGGGGCCGUGGGAGGAUGGGCGUCAGGUGGGUUGGUUCACUAAGGGGUGUCUGAGCUUGAGCUGCACAUCAAAAGCAUGCUUAAGCUAAUCGAGCGGGAAAAUAUAAUGGGGUGAUUGGAGCGAGAGAGAGAAAGAAAGAGUGAGAGGGAAAGAAUGUAAGAAUUCAGGAAAGCAAUGGAGUCUGUUUGAUAAACAGGGUGUUGCGGCUUAACUCGUCCAGUCCAUUUGAUGUACAAGGGGGAGAAAGGACUGUACCACUAAUUCUGGAAAGGGGGGGUUGAAGUGGACUGGGCUAAUGGUACAGUCAGAUGACUUGCAAUCUGUAGGCUGCUGCCUGCCUGUCCCCCUUGCAAGAUGACCUCUCAUUUCUCACAUCUGACCCCUGAUCUUCCGGCUUGCUUGACGCUGUCUUCCUGGUUCUGAGGACGCUGCCUCCUAACGCUCUUCUAACCUUCAGCUAACCUUAGGCUAACCUUUUGCUAAUGCAAGUUUGCAAGUGCCCUUCAAUAAAUCUGACUUCAGGUUGUUUGCGUGUCCUGGCCUCACUGUUUCCUUAUGGUUAUUUAAUAGUUGUCUGAUGGUCUCUCCUCAGGUCCAGGUGGAUGAGUUUAAACAACUCAAAGAGACCUUGAUCAGAAUGCCCAGCCUUCGACAUGAUCAAAACCCCGCCCACCAACAGGCCCAGCCUGGUGCUGUAUUGUCCGAGCCCCAUGAACAGGGCCCACCCCCACCACAGCUAGCUGCCUUAGUGGCUACGCCUCGCGUAGAAGCACACACCCAUGAGGAAGACCAUGAGGAAGACCAUGAGGAAGACCAUGGGGACACACAGUCCAGGGUACAGGAGGCUGCUCUUUGUUGGCACACAUUUGAAUCUGUCAUGUUAUUUUGUGACACUGACACACACACACACACACUAACAUCCUCUCUAACCCACUCUGUUCUUCUAAUAACCAGUUGCAUCUGCAGGAGGAGGUGGUGGCCAAGCCAGAGUUCCAGUCUCAGCCUGCCGAGAAAGAGGCAGAGGGGGAGGCAGAGGGGGAGGCAGAGGGGGAGGCAGAGAGGAGGAGAGAGCUGGCGGAGGAAGAGAUGGAGCAGGCGGGGCAGCCCCAGAAGCUGGAGGAGGAAUCCGAACAACCACAGGAGGACGAGGGGUUGGAGGCGGAACAAGACCAGCCAGACGACAACGCUCUGGACCGUCAGAGACGCCAACCACAAGUGGGAACAACCACUUUAGAACCAGUUAGAACGGCGUAAUACAAGCUCUUUAGAACAGCAUUAGAACCUGUUGUCUCAUUGUCUCUCUGGUUUCCCCAGGAUCCACAAAGUGACAUCCACCUCGUCCCUGAGACCCACCUCCAGCAGGAGGCCCACGUGGCCCAGGCGGAGCGGGUGAAGUCUGCCUACGAGCAGCAGCAGGAGCAGCAGCGCCUGGAGGCUGAGCGGGCCCAGAGGACGAGGGAGCUCCAACUGCGCCAGGAGGCCCUGCAGGCCCAGAGAAUGAGCGUGCAGAGGGAGCGAGAGCUGCGUCUGAGAGCUCAUCACCAGCGAGAGGAGGAGCAGCAUCGAGAGGCGGACCGUCGGGAACAGCUACUGAAGGAGGAGCAGCUCAGGUCAGAGGGCAAGGGGUUGGGGUCAAAGGUUAUGUAGAGGUCACGAAGAGGUUUCAGUUAAAUUCAAUACAAUUCAUCAAUUGCUUAUUGAAAAUAAUUUGACCCCACAACAUGCCCAUGGAAUGGUGUUACAAUGUGUUGUGUUGUAAUGUUAUAUUCUUCAGGAAGAAGAGUGACUAUGAGAACAUGGACAAUGACAUCGUCCAAGGGGAUGAAGAACCUCGUAUUGAUGAUGACGAAGGUGAGAGAAUCAAUCAAUCAAUCAAUCAAGUCACCAAAUAUUUUAAGGCCUUGACAAAUGUGAUUGUAUACAGUGUAUUUGAAAAGUAUUCAGACCCCUUCCCUUUUUCCACAUUUUAUGUUACAGCCUUAUUCUAAAAUUGAUUAAAUAAAACAAUUUCCUCAUCAAUCUACAUACAAUACCCCAUAAUGACAAAGCGAAAACAGGUUUUUAGAAAUGUUUGCAAAUGUAUUAAAAAUAAAAAACAUACCUUAUUUACAUAAGUAUUCAGACCCUUUGCUAUGAGACUUGAAAUUGAGCUCAGGUGCAUCCUGUUUCCAUUGAUCAUCCUGUUUCUACAACUUGAUUGGGGUCCACCUGUGGUAAAUUCAAUUGAUUGGACAUGAUUUGGAAAUGCACACACCUGUCUCUAUAAGGUCCCACAGUUGACAGUGCAUGUCAGAGCAAAAACCAAGCCAUGAGGUCGAAGGAAUGGUCCGUAGAGCUCCGAGACAGGAUUGUGUUGAGGCACAGAUCUGGGGAAGGGUACCAAAACAUUUCUGCAGCAUUGAAGGUCCCCAAGAACACAGUCGCCUCAAUCAGUCUUAAAUGGAAGAAGUUUGGAACCACCAAGAGUCUUCCUAGAGCUGGCCACCAGGCCAAACUGAGCAAUCGGUGGAGAAGGGCCUUGGUCAGAGAGGUGACCAAGAACCCAAUGGUCACUCUGACAGAGCUCCAGAGUUCCUCUGUGGAGAUGGUAGAACCUUCCAGAAGGACAACCAUCUCUGUACACUCCACCAAUCAGGCCUUUAUGGUAGAGUGGCCAGACGGAAGCCAAUCCUCAGUAGAAGGCACAUGACAGCCCGCUUGGAGUUUGCCAAAAGGCACCUAAAGGACUCUCAGACCAUGAGAAACAAGAUUUUCGGGUCUGAUGAAACCAAGAAUGAAAUCUUUGGCCUGAAUGCCAAGCGUCACGCCUGGAGGAAACCUGGCACCAUCCCUACGGUGAAGCAUGGUGGUGGCAGCAUCAUGCUGUGGGGAUGUUUUUCAGAGGCAGGGACUGGAAGACUAGUCAGGAUCGAGGCAAAGAUGAACAGAGCAAAGUACAGAGAGAUCCUUGAUGAAAACCUGCUCCAGAGCGCUCAGGACCUCAGACUGGGGCGAAGGUUCACCUUCCAACAGGACAACGACCCUAAGCACACAGCCAAGACAACGCAGGAGUGGCUUCGGGACAAGUCUCUGAAUGUCCUUGAGUGGCCCAGCCAGAGGCUGGACUUGAACCCGAUCUAACGUCUCUGGAGAGACUUGAAAAUAGCUGUGCAGCGAUGCUCCCCAUCCAACCUGACAGAGCUUGAGAGGAUCUGCAGAGAAGAAUGGGAGAAACUCCCCAAAUACAGGUGUGCCAAGCUUGUAGCGUCAUACCCAAGAAGACUCGAGGCUGUAAUCGCUGCCAAAGGUGCUUUAACAAAGUACUGAGUAAAGCGUCUGAAUACUUAUGUAAAUGUGAUAUAUACAUGUAUUUUUUUUUAAUAUAUAUAUAUAUACGUUUGCAAAGAAAUCUAAACUUGUUUUUGCUUUGUCAUUAUGGGGUAUUGUGUGUAGAUUGAUGAGGGAAAAAAACAAUUUAAUCCAUUUUAGAAUAAGGCUGUAAGGUAACAAAAUGUGGAAUAAGGGGUCUUAACAACAUUUUUUUAUUUUUUGGGAUCAGCUUAAUAUUGCAGAUAGAUUGUAUCUUCUAUCAAUGUAAUUGUCUGCAUCACUUCCAAUCCCCCAUGUUUUUUUUAUUUUUUAUAUAUAUACUCCCCUUUAUUACUUUUCAACCCCACCAUCCUUUCCCUACUUGGAGUAAAUUAGUGAACAACAAUGCCCAGGCGUCUACUUCCGGUCUAUACUUACUAUCUACACCUUAUGGACAGAGUUACUUUUACAAUAAUUCUAUUAUAUAUAUAUAUAUAUAUAUUUUGCUCCUGAACUUCUUCUACUCUCAACCUCUCCGAUCAUUUUCAUUGUGUCCAUCCGGUUUGCUUCUAUAUGCCAUAUCUUUCUAACUGUGCUCCUUCCCAAAAGCUCCCAACAUACAACCUAUAUACUUAUUAUGGACACAGUAUGCUUACAUUAUUAGCUAUCUUUGUUAUUAUUUGUUGUUAUUUGUUAUUAGUCCCAUCCUUCAACUCUAUUCAAUACCUCCCAUCUAUCUCUUAACACCAUCCAUAUAGGAUUUCUAUUUGCCAUAUAUAUUUCAACCGUACUGUGAUGUUUUACAAAAAUUCUGAACCUUUCUAUUCUCAUUGCUUCUACAGAUUGUGAAUUAAAAAGAAACAUUUUUGCUAAAAGUAUUAUUAUAUUAUUGAUUGAUUGACUAUGACUUUUCAGAUCACCCAGUAAUGCUAUCUGCAAGGUUAGUUCCAGGUAAAUAUUGCAAUCCUUUAGCCAUUCCUGGACCUGUGUCCAAAAACAAGCUACAAAUGGACAGAACCAAAACAAAUGAUCUAAUGAUUCUGUCUCUUCACAGCAAAAUCUGCAGAGAUGGGAAGAUUGUAUUCCCCAUAUAAAUAACAUUCUAUUGGUAGCAAGAAUUUUAUACAACAAUUUAAACUGAAAGAUUCUAAUUUUUGAAUCCGGUGUCGUUUUGCGUGUCAGUUCAUAAACACUAUGCCAUGGGAUCGGUACGUCAAAGAUCUCUUCCCAACUAUUUUGCAAUCUAUAUGGGACGGCUGUCAAUCCUUUGGUCCUGAAGUGAAACUGAUAUACUUUUUUAUUUAUCACAUUUUUCCUUAACCAAUUAUGUUCUUUAAUGCAAGGCCGACAGACAAGUUCCUUACUUUCUCCCCCUUCCACUUUCCUCUUCCACUUUUGCGGUAAGGCUGCAAUUAUUUGGUUGUAAUUUUGGGUAGAGCAGACAUUUCCAUAUGUUUUUGUUAGCUGCAUGUGCGACAUAACUCCACCAGUCCUACCGAUGAUAUCAUUUACGAAGAUUAUACCUUUUUUAAACAUUCUGUCAAAAAAUAAAGGUUUUUUUGUCAAUUAGUAUAUUUGAAUUUAACCACAAUAUUUGUUGCAUUAUUUGUUCUGUCGUUUCUGGAGGACUAAAUUGAAAUUGCAACCAACUUUCUAUGGCUUGUUUUAGAAAUAGUGACAUUUGGGAGAUUAUUUCCUUUUCAAAUAACUGAAAGUGAGAGGUUGUAAUCUGAAUAAAGGGAAAAAGGCCAUUCUUGAACAUGGGGUGAGACAAUCUUACUCAUUUGCUUGAGAACCAGUUCGGAUUUAAGUAUAACUUUUGUAUGACUGAAGCUUUUAGUGAUAGGUCUAAUGCUUUAAUAUUUAAUAAUUUCUGUCCUCCGAAUUCAUAUUCAUUAUAUAAAUAUGCUCUUUUAAUUUUGUCUGGCUUGCCGUUCCAAAUAAAAUUGAAUACUUUCCGAAUGCACUGUAUACAUGCUUACCUGGCUGUUAUCUGACUGACUGUUGGCUUGCUGUGUGUACAGAGAGGGAAACCCACUUGAAGCAAGAGGAAGAGGUCCACCGAGUACCACAACUACAGGAGGUGAGACAGAUCUACCAAACAGUGUCUAUCAACCACUGAUUUCAAUAAUCCACUGACAGUCAUAUGGUCUGAUGUAAAUCUGUGACCCCAGUUUGAACUGUAGUUUUCAUUCUUUUGUCCUAUCAGAUGAUAUAUAUAUUUAUAUAGAUGAGUCCUCCUUUGUUCUUUUAUAUGCUUUAUUGUAUUUAUGAAUCAUGUUCAAACACGUUCCUAUCAUGUUCAAACAUGUUCUACGCCUUUAAAGUAAUAUAAAAUGAUUGAAUUGACAUUGGUUAACUCUGACUACAUGUAUUUCUAAGAAGUCCUAAAACCACAGUUAGUGAUGAAGUGAAUUAUGGAGGACCUGUUGGCACUGGAGGGCUUUAAAUUCCUCUCUCUCUCCCUGCCUGACACUAACAUCAGCCUCAAUCUCUCUCUCUCUCUCUCUCUCUCUCGCUCUCUCUCGCUCUCUCUCUCGCUCUCUCUCUCGCUCUCUCUCUCUGCCACUAUCUCUCUCUCUGCCACUAUCUUCAACCCCAGCCACUGUCCCUUGGGUGUUGGUCUAGUGUUCUUUCCAUAUGUGUGUAUGUGCUUGCAUGGAUAGUAGACCAGAGAAAACCCGCCCCAAUCUGAACUGUGAUAUGCACAGUUUCACACGCUACACACACUGACAAACUCUCUCUCCGUCCUUCCCGUCCUGCAGGGGGCAGUAGAGGGGGAGGUGGACCCAGAGGAUGACCCUAAUAACCAGGGGGAGGAUGAGUUUGAUGUGGCGGAGGAGCAGCAUCUUCAGAACAGGGAGGAAGAGGAAGAGGAAGAGGAGGCAACGCCGGCCAAACACACAGACACACACCCCAACACCAAUCACCCAGCCAUAGACGAGGAACUGGUGGUGAGAGGAGGGAUAGAGAAGAGAGGGGUAGAAACAAGGCUGAGAGAGGAAGGAAGGAAGGAAGGAAGGAAGGAAGGAAGGAAGGAAGGAAGGAAGGAAGGAAGGAAGGAAGGAAGGAAGGAAGGAAGGAAGGAGGCGACAGGUAGAAAUAGUCAGAGAUGUACAUGAAGAUGACACGAGCAACAGGUAACAGUUGUUCCAGUGACUUUGCCAUGGUAACAGUUGUCAUGGUUUCUGUGUUUACAGAUGGCGGUAAACACAGACCAGCAGGAAGACAACUUGGAUGAGCAGUAUCCGGAGGAGGAUGAGGUACAUAUACACACACACACACACACACACACACACACACACGGGUCUAAACAGAGGGAGAAGACAUGGUCUGAUGGUGGUUAACCCUGUUAGGUGCAGGAUGAUUUGGCCGGGGGGCAGAAGAGGGAGGAGGAGGAGGAGCCAUACAAUGAGGAGAACGGAGAACACGUGAGUCUAGAACACUAUGGAAUAUUGUACGUGGAACCCUGAGUGGGAAAACGACCGUGGGUUUGGGAAACGACCGUGGGUUUGGGAAACGACCGUGGGUUUGGGAAACGACCGUGGGUUUGGGAAACGACCGUGGGUUUGGGAAACGACCGUUGGUUUGGGAAACGACCGUGGGUUUGGGAAACGACCGUUGGUUUGGGAAACGACCGUGGGUUUGGGAAACGACCGUUGGUUUGGGAAACGACCGUGGGUUUGGGAAACGACCGUGGGUUUGGGAAACGACCGUGGGUUUGGGUAAUUAAACACACUUUCACUUUCUCAGCGUAGACAUGUACUGUACAGUGAGGGAAAAAAGUAUUUGAUCCCCUGCUGAUUUUGUACGUUUGCCCACUGACAAAGACAUGAUCAGUCUAUCAUUUUAAUGGUAGGUUUAUUUGAACAGUGAGAGACAGAAUAACAACAAAAAAAUCCAUAAAAAUGCAUGUCAAAAAUGUUAUAAAUUGAUUUGCAUUUUAAUGAGGGAAAUAAGUAUUUGACCCCUCUGCAAAACAUGAAAAAGUACUUGGUGGCAAAACCCUUGUUGGCGAUCACAGAGGUCAGAUGUUUCUUGUAGUUGGCCACCAGGUUUGCACACAUCUCAGGAGGGAUUUUGUUCCACUCCUCUUUGCAGAUCUUCUCCAAGUCAUUAAGGUUUCGAGGCUGACAUUUGGCAACUCGAACCUUCAGCUCCCUCCACAGAUUUUCUAUGGGAUUAAGGUCUGGAGACUGGCUAGGCCACUCCAGGACCUUAAUGUGCUUAUUCUUGAGCCACUCCUUUGUUGCCUUGGCUGUGUGUUUUGGGUCAUUGUCAUGCUGGAAUACCCAUCCACGACCCAUUUUCAAUGCCCUGGCUGAGGGAAGCAGGUUCUCACCCAAGAUUUGACGGUACAUGGCCCCGUCCAUCGUCCCUUUGAUGCGGUGAAGUUGUCCUGUCCCCUUAGCAGAAAAACACCCCCAAAGCAUAAUGUUUCCACCUCCAUGUUUGACGGUGGGGAUGGUUUUCUUAGGGUCAUAGGCAGCAUCCCUCCUCCUCCAAACACGGCGAGUUGAGUUGAUGCCAAAGAGCUCGAUUUUGGUCUCAUAUGACCACAACACUUUCACCCAGUUCUCCUCUGAAUCAUUCAGAUGUUCAUUGGCAAACUUUAGACGGCCCUGUAUAUGUGCUUUCUUGAGCAGGUGGACCUUGCGGGCACUGCAGGAUUUCAGUCCUUCACGGCGUAGUGUGUUACCAAUUGUUUUCUUGGUGACUAUGGUCCCAGCUGCCUUGAGAUCAUUGACAAGAUCCUCCCUUGUAGUUCUGGGCUGAUUCCUCACCGUUCUCAUGAUCAUUGCAACUCCACGAGGUGAGAUCUUGCAUGGAGCCCCAGGCCUAGGGAGAUUGACAGUUCUUUUGUGUUUCUUCCAUUUGCGAAUAAUCGCACCAACUGUUGUCACCGUCUCACCAAGCUGCUUGGUGAUGGUCUUGUAGCCCAUUCCAGCCUUGUUUAGGUCUACAAUCUUGUCCCUGACAUCCUUGGAGAGCUCUUUGGUCUUGGCCAUGGUGGAGAGUUUGGAAUCUGAUUGAUUGCUUCUGUGGACAGGUGUAUUUUAUACAGGUAACAAGCUGAGAUCAGGAGCACUCCCUUUAAGAGUGUGCUCCUAAUCUCAGCUCGUUACCUGUAUAAAAGACACCUGGGAGCCAGAAAUCUUUCUGAUUGAGAGGGGGUCAAAUACAUAUUUCCCUCAUUUAAAAUGCAAAUCAAUUUAUAACAUUUUUUACAUGCGUUUUUCUGGAUUUUGUUGUUAUUCUGUCUCUCACUGUUCAAAUAAACCUACCAUUAAAAUUAUAGACUGAUCAUUUCUUUGUCAGUGGGCAAACGUACAAAAUCAGCAGGGGAUCAAAUACUUUUUUCCCUCACUGUAUGUAGGUGUGUAUUAGGAUUGUGUGUGUGUUUGCAUGGCCUUAUUGUGUCUAACUAUAGCCUGCUCAGUGUGUCCCAGUAGUUGAAUGAAGGAUCAGGUACAGGGUCUCUGUGGGUGUCUGGUUACCCCCAAGCUCAUUCUGGCCCUGUGUGUGAGAGCGCCCUAUUCACCCAUCCAAACACUACUGAAUGCUCUGACACAAUGGUCAGUCUGUCACCGUUCCAACAUACUUGCCUCAAUGUUCUAGAAUGAUCUGCCUGUUGGUCUGUAUUCCAGGUUCUCACCUUACUGCUCAAUAACGUUCCAUCGGUGGCAGUUCCUAGAGUCAUGUAUACAUGGCCUAUGGUCUUACCCACCUGGUGACUGUGUGUUUGUUCUGCUGCAGGGUGAAGUGAAAGAGGAGGAGGAGGUCCCAGCAGAGAAAGAGGGAGAACACAGGAAAGAAGGAGAGCUCAACGAGGAGGAGAACUACGAAGACGAGGAGUUGGGGGUUGGACGGGACGAGCGGACCAAUCGAAGGGAGAUGUGA